AUUUGGUAAGCUUGGUACACCCCGCGUGUAUUUAAGCAAUUGACUUUGUAUCAAUUGCUUCCCAACUUCUGAAAUAUGAAAUACGCGUGUUUUCCUUUGCCUACGCUACAUCAGACUUCUUGCAAAAGCCCUUUUUCGGGACACAUGCGGAACUAAAGACGUUCGCCUGAGGAGUUAACGUGUAAGCGAAUUGUUAAUCUUCCCCCAGGGUACUAAAACAACAAAGGAGGGAAAAGUGGUCAAGUUGACAGAAGUUUUGGAGCCCAACACUACAGCAACACUCAAUCCUCUGUGGGAAGUCGGGGGGAAGCUAAAGAAGUUUGGAGUGCAAAAGAGUUUGAAGGAAACAAGACUGAAUCAUGGAGGGUCUCCGGAGACUGUUGCGCAAAUUCAUGUGCGUCCGCAAACAACUGAUCCUGCUACUGACUCCGCUCGUGCUCCUGCCGCUGGUGUUCCUCAUGCCGCCCAAGGAGGGUAAAUGUCUGUAUGUGGUGCUCCUGAUGGCGGUGUUCUGGUGUACGGAGGCUCUACCGCUGGCCGUGACGGCCAUGUUGCCCGUCUGCCUCUUCCCCACCAUCGGCAUCCUGCCCUCCAAGAAGGUGUGCCCACAGUACUUCCUGGAGACCAACUUCCUGUUCCUCAGCGGCCUGCUCAUGGCGUCCGCCAUCGAGGAGUGGGGCCUGCACCGCCGCAUCGCCCUCAAGGUCCUGCAGAUCGUCGGCGUCAAGCCAGCAUGGCUGAUCAUGGGGAUGAUGAUCACUUCCUCCUUCCUGUCCAUGUGGCUCAGUAACACGGCAACCACAGCCAUGAUGCUGCCCAUCGCUAACGCCAUCCUGGAGAGCCUCUUCGGGGACCUGGCUACGCUCAAGGAGAAGUGCAAGGUCCAGACCCCUGCAGAGGGUGAAGUGAAGCUGCAUGUCCUUCCUUCAGAGCCGUCAGAGAAGCACAUCCUGACCAUGGAGGAUGGGAGAGAGGAGGUGGAGAGGAUGGAGACUGCCUCCCCUGAGGAGGUGCGUAUGGAGGCUCAGUACCAGCUGAAGGUCUGGAAGGGAUUCCUCAUCUGCAUCCCCUACUCCGCCAGCAUCGGGGGCACCGCCACACUCACGGGCACCGCACCCAACCUUAUACUGGUGGGACAGCUCAAGAGUUACUUCCCAGAGUGUGACCUGAUUAACUUUGGCUCGUGGUUCGUGUUCGCCUUCCCCCUCAUGUGCAUCUUCCUGCUGCUGGGCUGGUUCUGGAUCUCCUACCUCUACGGGGGCAUCAACACCAGGUUGUGUAUAAGAAAGCAGGAUGAGAGGGCCGCUGCAGAGGCAAAAGCGCAAGCGGUCAUCGAUGAGGACUACAAGAAACUCGGACCUCUAUCGUUUGCGGAGAGUGCCAUCGCUUUCUUCUUCAUCAUCUUCGCCUUCCUCCUCUUCACCAGAGAUCCCAAGUUUGUCACUGGAUGGUCCGUUUUCUUCAACAAAGGGUACGUUUCGGAUGCAGUAACAGGCGUCAUUAUCGUCUCCAUCUUGUUCUUCUUCCCUUCCCAGAAACCCUCCCUCAGCUGGUGGUUCGACCCCAAAGCCCCCAAUACUCCGUACAGCCCGCUGCUGUCGUGGAAGAAAGCUCAGGAUUGUGUGCCGUGGAACAUCAUUCUGCUGCUAGGGGGAGGAUUCGCCAUGGCCAAAGGAUGUGAGGAGUCUGGUCUGGCUGUGUGGAUAGGUGGUCAUCUCCAGCCCUUGGCUCGGAUUCCUCCUGCGGCUGCAGUCAUGCUCAUCACUGCGUUCCUGGCCACCUUCACUGAGUUCGCCAGUAACACCGCCACAAUCAUCAUCUUCCUCCCAGUCAUCGCUGAGCUGGCCCUGGGCGUGAACGUGAACCCACUCUAUUUUAUGAUUCCGGCGACGAUUGGCUGCUCGUUCGCCUUCAUGUUGCCGGUGUCCACGCCCCCCAACUCCAUCGCCUUCGCCUCAGGACACCUCAUGGUCAAGGACAUGGUAAGGACGGGUGUUGUGAUGAACAUCCUGGGGGUGCUGUGUGUGUCUCUGGCCAUGAACACAUGGGGCCAAGUUAUGUUUGACCUCAACAACUACCCAGACUGGGCACGUCCACUAAACAUCUCCACGGCAGCGCCCGUUCUCUCCACCCUCGUCCCUGCCCUCAACUCCACCCUCUGAAGCUGUCAAAUCAGCAGCCAUGUUACAGACCAACCCUCUGACACCGCCCAAUCAGCAGCCAUGUUAUAGAACGACCCUCUGAAACCGCCCAAUCAGCAGCCAUGUUACAGGCAGACCCUCUGAAGCUGUCGAAUCAGCAGCAACGUUACAGCCAGACCCCCUAAAGCCACCAAAUCAGCAGCAAUGUUACAGGCAGGCUAUCUAAAAUCACCCAAUUAGCAGCCUUACUACAGGCAGACCCUCUGAAACUGCCCAAUCAGCAGCAACGGGCAUGUGUUUGUGUUUGUGUGUGUGUGUGUGUGUGUGUGUGUGUGUGUGUGUGUGUAUGUGUGUAUGUCUGAUACAAACAUACACACAUAGCCCAGGAGCCUGUGGUUUGGACACUUACAGUAUAUAUUGUAUGCGGUGGACAUUCUCCUCAAAGAAACACCAACAUCACGAGUCCACCUCCAAAGCGUAUUAUCACAGCUGGACAACAGCACCAUCUGCACAGACACGAGCCUCGACAGAUGCCAAGACGCUACACACUCUGUAGUUAAGAUGGCCGACACUUGCCCAGGUGUCAGUAAGCAGCAACGAGAUGUCCUCACACUGAGGGUCAGGGUCUUGCAGACUGAGAGUCAAACUCGUAUCGCUAGACAACCACAUGCAGCUACCACACUGAUAUAGAGUACAGACCUGUUAGAACGGAGAGGGAACCUAUAGGACAUACAUGUAGCUACCACACUGAACCUAUAGGACACACUGUAUGUAAUACAUAGGGCAGAGGAAAGGAAAGACAACAAAGCAUGCAGAGACAAACAAGAGAGGCCAUUGUUCCAGUCAGUAAGCCUGUAAGUGUGAGGCGUACACACAUACUCACAGAGGAAAGUCCUUCAGGUGCCCACGUGCACACACACACACACACACAAACACGUGUGGAAAGUCGUUCAGGCCCUCCAGCUCAGACAUACAGGAGCCUCUGAGUUCCAU